AUGCUCGCGGCUCCAUCGGCCUACUUGAAGCGGUUGACCAAAUACGGCGAUGCUGCGGCUCAGCUCGCCUCUACUGCUACUGAGCGAGUACACGAGAUCGAGGACGAGAGUACAUCGGAAGCCCAAGACCAGCUAGAUCACGAAUAUGAACCCCUCAUCCACUCGACACACUCUGAACAGUCACGCAAGAGUGACAGGACGGGCAGGUCGAAGCAGAACAGCAGACCGGAUCCUGCCUCGAGGGCACAGAGUCAGAGGAGCAGAGUGAGCUACACUAGCGUAGAAGGGGCAGCGUCGCUCGCGCCAAGUGAGACGGGCACGGUCACGCGCAUGAAGCGACUCGAGAUGGCCGUGAGCUACAUCUGCUUCUUCAUACUGGGGACGACGAUCUUGCUCAGCUGGAAUGCGUUGAUCGUGGCGAGCUCCUACUUUCAGAGUCGACUCCUCGGCAGCCAGUUCGAGACCUCCUUCGCCAGCUGGGUUGCCAUGACCUUUACGACAGGCAAUCUCAUCUUCCUCGCUCAUGCCAACUAUACCCAAGCAAAGGCUAAUCCGAACACGCGCAUCUUCAUCUCUGUCAUCGCCAUCAUUCUCGUCCUCGCACUCUUGGCCAUCACUACACGUAUAGAGUCCAUCAGUGCGACAGCGUUCUUCCCCAUCCUCAUCGCCUGCAGCUUCCUCAGUGCCGCCGGCGCAUCCUACUUGCAGAACGCCAUCGUUGCACUCUCUGCGCUCUUCGGUCCGAGCUACCUGCAAGGCAUCCUGAGCGGUCAGGGAGCGAUAGGCGCACUCGUGAGUGUUAUCCAAUUUGCGAGUGCCUACGGCGGCUUGAAGGAGGACGAUACUUCGGACUCGAGUGCUGUCCUUGCCGCACCACAAGUCGUCUUCACAACGACGGACUCGCCUAUUGAUGAUUAUGUCGACAAGCUACGCGAUUCGGCGUUCAUCUUCUUCAUUGUAGCGACGGCGAUGGCUGCAGGUUCGCUCGUCGCCUAUGUCAUCUUGAUGAGGAUGCCGUACUUUCGAGUUGUCGUACGGAGCUCCGGUGUCGAUGAUCCGAAUGACGAUCUCGAGCAUUCAGACGGCGGCAUGGGAACGAAGCAACCUGCAGAAGAACACGAGCCCGUCAGUUUCAGGGUCGUUUUCGGCAAAGUCAGACUUCUCGCCCUAUCGGUGUUUUACGUCUUCUUUGUCACCUUGAGCGUGUUCCCUUCGAUCACGGCGUCGGUCCUGUCUGUCAACGACAAGCCGGGCAGUGAUGGCAAGUCACCGCCGGCUAUCUUUACGCCGGUCCUGUUUGUGCCGCUCGGCUUCAUCAUCUUCAAUGUUGGCGACUGGAUAGGCCGAGCCAUGCCUCAGAUCCCGCUCCUCAACUUUCAUGCGCCUAAAGCGCUGGCGAUCGUAUCAGUAGCAAGAACAGCAUUCGUCCCACUCUUCCUCUUCUGCAACGUUACUGCAGGCGUGAGCGAAGCGCCACCCAUCUUCGAUUCAGACACCAUCUUCCUUCUGCUCCUGCUGCUCUUUGCAAUCUCGAAUGGCUACAUCAGCACGCUCAUCAUGAUCACAGGCGUUGGGACGCCAGAACUGGAGCAGCACGAGAUAGAUACAGCGGCGACUCUGCUCGCAUUUGCUCUGACGGCAGGACUCGCUCUGGGCAGUUUUGCCUCUUUUGGCGUUCGAGCCUCGAUAUGUCGCUGCAACCCUUUCCUCCAAUGA